UUUUAAGAUCUUUGACGGUCGAUAGCGCCUAACCGAAGCACUUUUGGAUAGAGGUAAGUUGGGUUAAAUUGACCUAUUUUGAUACCAAGAACCCAUGCUAGCGCUUUGUACAGACCUUUUAGAGACACCCUGUACAUGUAUAUUAAGAUUUAUCAAUUUAUGGCUUGAAAAGAAAUUCCUAGAGCUUAGAAUUUGGACUACAGCAAGGAUUUUUUAGGUGUUUGACAUAAUGAAACCAGAUGACAUUGCUUUUGAAGCGAAGAAGGAUCUUUUAAUAGCCAAUUUUGGCGAGUCUUAUUUAAAAAAACAUAGGCGUGAAAGAAUGGCCUAUUCAUGCAGUAAUAGAAUGCGUGAACUUUCAAGGAUAUUAUUAAAUUUUCGCAUGAUAACCAAUAAUAAUAAAGCUAAUUUUAAAGAUAUAUUGCAUCCUAAACACUUCGAUACUGUAUUAAUGGCAGUUCGGAAGAUUAGUGGUUUUGACCACGAAAAGAAGUCAUUUCAAACUCCAAGUUUGGCUAUGCAUCUAGGAACCUCAUUAAAAUUAGCAUGCGAUGAACUUACACACCUGGUAUUAAAACAAAGUAAAGGUUUCAGAUGUAAAUCGGCGGAAGAUGCCCAGGUUUGGCUUACGAAUAUUAAGAAUUUUAAGAAACUGGUUGAAUCGCGAUGGACCAUAGAAAUUUCGUCUUUAGCUAAUAAAGAUCUUCAAGAAAAGCGUUGGAAAAAGCCGCUAUUACUACCAUUGGUGAGCGACGUGAAAAAGUUUAGAGACGAAGUGACUAAGUUGGCAAAUGACUCCGUAUCCCAGCUACUUUUAAAAGAGAAUAAACGCGCAUUUAAAUUAUUAAUACAAUGUGUCUUAUCGUUACUAAUUUUGUUUAAUCGUCGCCGAAUAGGUGACGUUCAAUAUCUUAAGAUCAGCGACUACAAAUCAGAUAAAAAGAGCAACUACACAGAUUUCGACCAUGUACUUACGGAUGUGGAAAGAUCAUUGACCCAAAAAUACAAGAGAGUACUCAACAGCGGUAAAGGUUCGAGGGCUGUUGUCAUACUUAUACCUGAAGAACUGCAAAACAUGAUUAAUGUUUUAUUAGCGGAGAGAAACAAGUACAUAUUAGACUCUAACAAUGACUAUGUGUUUGCCAUGCCCGACAGUACGAUUAAAUGGGGAAAAGGUGAUGUGGCAAUUCGGGCAUUGUGCAAAAAAAUUCAAAUUGAAAACCCUAAAGCUAUUUCAAGUAACAACCUGCGGAAACAGAUUGCCACUGUAACCCAAAUUUUAAGUUUAAAACCAGAAGAGGCAAAACAGUUUGCAAAUUUCAUGGGGCAUACUCAAAAGACUCACGAUGAGUUUUAUGAAUUACCGGUUGACAUUUACCAAACUGCAAAGGUGUCAAAAUUGUUGAUGAUGAUGGAGAAAGGAUCUAUGCCAAUCGAAUAUAAAGGAAAGUCGUUGGAAGAGAUUAAUAUAGAUUUUAACCUAGAAUAUGCGGAGGAAGACAAAAUUGACGGCACAAUAAAUAAAAGAAGUGAGGAGCCUCCAGGAUUUUAUGCAAACGAAAGAUCUAUUGAGAUUGUAAAUACAGGAUUUAAUGAUGUGAAUGAUCGAGAAAAUCGAAGUCCCUGUUCCUCUCCCCAAGAGGAAUUAUCAUCAGAUAUAACUGUUGCAGCUAAUGAAAGGUCUCGGACAGUACCGCAAAUACCAUCAGAUUUACCGAUCCAUGCGUCACCAAAAACAUCUCGGAUAGUACAGGACAGACCAUCAGAUUUAAUUGACGCUGAUAGUGUAGCUGAAGUUCCAAAGAGAAGUGGACAGAGAACCUAUUGGUCUAAUCGGGAACUUCAUUUAUUAAAAAAAGAGUUCAGUGUCUACAUUAAUAAAGGUACCUAUCCAGCAGGGAACGACAUAAAGGAAUUUCUUGAAAGAAAUGGAAUAAACAGAAGCGUCAUUGUAACCAAAUCAAAGCUACAACAUUUGAUUAAAACUAAAAAAGGACUAUAAACUACAAGAAAUGUUACCUUUAUUUUACGUAAUAGAAUACAUUUUUAUUUUAUUCUUCCACAA